AAUGUUGCUUCGGGGAGGCCCCGGGCGAUCUGCGCCGCGGGGUGGGAGCUGUGGAGCGGGACCUGGUUGGCCUCGCGCCACCGCGUCGUUAGGGCCUAGCGCGGGCGGCAGCCGGAGCGGGACGCGGGGCCCAGUGGGCUGUGAAACCGCGGGCAGAAGUUUGCCGCGGCCCCGGGGCUCCAGCAGUACUCGUCCCUAUAGGUUCUCGCAUCUGAGAAUAACCGUUGUCACCGUGAGACUUGCACUCGCGGCCCCACCCUGGGCCGAGUUGAAAGGGGGGGGAAAAAAAGAAUCAACGUUGUCUUUCGCGCAUGGCCUUCUGGGAAGUGGCGGCCUACCUCAUGGAGUCUCUGUCGUUGCUCCCUCGGCGCCCAAGUUUAGCUAGACCUUCCCAAAAAUGAGGAACAGAGCUGCUAAAUCUCUGUUCUGAGGUCGGUUUUCGUGCUCCACCAGCACAGUCAAGAUUUAUCUGAUUGCAAUGCUUUGCUAAUUUCUUUAACGCAAAGCACGUGCUAAAUCCUAUUGAGAGUCUUUAGAAUAAACUAACACAGAAUGGUUACGAAAUACUGUAGCCUGUAGUCUGUGUACUCCAGAGAUUUAAGCGAAGAUGUCUGAAUAUAUUCGGGUAACAGAAGAUGAGAAUGAUGAACCCAUUGAAAUACCAUCAGAAGACGAUGGGACAGUGCUGCUGUCCACAGUUACUGCCCAGUUUCCAGGGGCAUGUGGCCUGCGCUACAGGAAUCCCGUCUCUCAGUGUAUGAGAGGCGUCCGGCUGGUGGAAGGAAUUCUGCAUGCCCCAGAUGCUGGCUGGGGCAACCUGGUUUAUGUUGUCAACUAUCCCAAAGAUAACAAAAGGAAAAUGGAUGAGACGGAUGCUUCCUCUGCAGUGAAAGUGAAAAGAGCAGUCCAGAAAACGUCUGAUCUCAUAGUGUUGGGCCUCCCCUGGAAAACAACAGAGCAGGAUCUUAAAGACUAUUUCAGUACAUUCGGAGAGGUUCUUAUGGUUCAGGUCAAGAAAGAUCUUAAAACUGGUCACUCAAAAGGGUUUGGCUUUGUUCGAUUUACGGAAUAUGAAACCCAAGUGAAAGUAAUGUCACAACGACAUAUGAUAGAUGGGCGAUGGUGUGACUGUAAACUGCCAAACUCUAAGCAAAGCCCAGAUGAGCCUUUGAGAAGCAGAAAGGUGUUUGUUGGACGUUGUACAGAGGACAUGACUGCUGAAGAGCUUCAGCAGUUUUUCUGUCAGUAUGGAGAAGUGGUAGAUGUCUUCAUUCCCAAACCAUUCAGAGCUUUUGCCUUUGUUACCUUUGCAGAUGAUAAGGUUGCCCAGUCUCUUUGUGGAGAGGAUUUGAUCAUUAAAGGAAUCAGCGUGCAUAUAUCCAAUGCUGAACCUAAGCAUAAUAGCAAUAGACAGUUAGAAAGAAGUGGAAGAUUUGGUGGUAAUCCAGGUGGCUUUGGGAAUCAGGGUGGGUUUGGUAACAGUAGAGGGGGUGGAGCUGGCUUGGGAAAUAACCAGGGUGGCAAUAUGGGUGGAGGGAUGAACUUUGGUGCUUUUAGCAUUAACCCAGCCAUGAUGGCUGCGGCUCAGGCAGCAUUGCAGAGCAGUUGGGGUAUGAUGGGCAUGUUAGCCAGCCAGCAGAACCAGUCAGGCCCAUCUGGGAAUAACCAAAGCCAGGGGAGCAUGCAGAGGGAACCAAAUCAGGCUUUUGGUUCUGGAAAUAAUUCCUACAGUGGCUCUAAUUCUGGUGCCCCCCUUGGUUGGGGGUCAGCAUCAAAUGCAGGAUCGGGCAGUGGCUUUAAUGGAGGCUUUGGCUCAAGCAUGGAUUCUAAGUCUUCUGGCUGGGGAAUGUAGGCGGUUGGGUGUUAGUAGGUUGGUUGUUAGGUUAGGUAGAUUUAGAAUGGUGGGAUUCAAAUUUUUCUAAACUCAUGGUAAGUAUAUUGUAAAAUACAUAUGUACUAAAAUUUUCAGAUUGGUUUGUUCAGUGUGGAGUAUAUUCAGCAGUAUUUUUGACAUUUUUCUUUAGAAAAAAAAGAGGGAAAAGCUAAAUGAAUUUUAUAAGUUUUGUUAUAUAAAGGGUUAAAAUACUGAGUGGGUGAAAGUGAACUGUUUGCUUAAUUGGUAAACCAACACUACAAUUGAUCUCAGAAGGUUUCUCUGUAAUAUUCUAUCAUUGGAAUUGUUAAUGAAUUCUUUGCAUGUUCAGAGUAGAAACCAUUGGUUAGAACUACAUUCUUUUCUCCUUAUUUUAAUUUGAAUCCCACCCUAUGAAUUUUUUCCUUAGGAAAAUCUCCAUUUGGGAGAUCAUGAUGUCAUGGUGUUUGGUUCUUUUGGUUUUGUUUUUAACACUUGUCUUCCUUCAUAUACGAAAGUACAAUAUGAAGCCUUCAUUUAAUCUCUGCAGUUCAUCUCAUUUCAAAUGUUUAUGGAAGAAGCACUUCAUUGAAAGUAGUGCUGUAAAUAUUCUGCCAUAGGAAUACUUCUGUCUACAUGCUUUCUCAUCCAAGAAUUCGUCAUCACGCUGCACAGGCUGCGUCUUUGACGGUGGGUGUUCCAUUUUUAUCCGCUACUCUUUAUUUCAUGGAGUCGUAUCAACGCUAUGAACGCAAGGCUGUGAUAUGGAACCAGAAGGCUGUUUGAACUUUUGAAACCUUGUGUGGGAUUGAUGGUGGUGCCGAGGCAUGAAAGGCUAGUAUGAGCGAGAAAAGGAGAGAGCGCGUGCAGAGACUUGGUGGUGGAAAAUGGAUAUUUUUUAACUUGGAGAGAUGUGUCACUCAAUCCUGUGGCUUUGGUGAGAGAGUGUGCAGAGAGCAAUGAUAGCAAAUAACGUACGAAUGUUUUUGCAUCAAAGGACAUCCACAUCUGUUGGAAGACUUUGAGUUUUGUUCUUAGGAAACCCACUUUAGUUGAAUGUGUUAAGUGAAAUACUUGUACUUCCCUCCCCCUCUGUCAACUGCUGUGAAUGCUGGAUGGUGUGUGUUCUCCUCUGUUACUGAUCUGGAGUGUGGGAACGUGAACUGAAGCUGAUGGGCUGCGAACAUGGACUGAGCUUGUGGUGUGCUUUGCAGGAGAACUUGGAAGCAGAGUUCACCAGUGAGCUCAGGUGUCUCAAAGAAGGGUGGAAGUUCUCAUGUCUGUUAGCUAUCCAUAAGAAUGCUGUUUGCUGCAGUUCUGUGUCCUGUGCUUGGAUGCUUUUUUAUAAGAGUUGUCAUUGUUGGAAAUUCUUAAAUAAACUGAUUUAAAUAAUAUGUGUCUUUGUUUUGCAGCCCUGAAUGCAAAGAAUUCAUAGCAGUUAAUUCCCCUUUUUGACCCUUUUGAAAUGGAACUUUCAUAAAGUUUCUUGGCAGUAGUUUAUUUUGCUUCAAAUAAACUUAUUUGAAAAGUUGUCUCAAGUCAAAUGGAUUCAUCACCUGUCAUGCAUUGACACCUGAUACCCAGACUUAAUUGCUAUUUGUUCUUGCAUUGUCCAAAGUGAAAGUUUUUCUUUGGGUUAUUUUGUUUUUAAUCUAGUUUUUCUUAAGUCUGGGUGACCGCACCUAAAAUGGUAAGCAGUUACCCUCCAGCUUGUUCUGAGUGCCUCUGUGCAUUUGGGUGAUUUUUCUGUUUACAAGGUUGUAUAAAUCUCCAUUGGGGAAUCAUGCCUUCUAAAAAAUAUUUGGAUCAGGGGGCAAAACAGUUGCUUGUUUUCAAAUGCUUUGUAGCAGAGCAUAUCAAUGGAAAAGAAGGGAUCAGCACCUUUCUGUUUGGGGUUUGAAAAGUGGAAUUAAUUGCAAUAGGGAUGAAGUAGAAGAAACCAAGAAACCAUGUGCCUGAAAUCCAUUCAUUAAGAAGCCUGAUAGCUUUAAGAACUAGUAGGGUGGGUUGUCUUAUCUUUGGCAGUCUUAAGUGAGGUAGACUUUUGCCCUCCUGAAUGUGGGGGUUAUAUAAUGAUGAAUAAAUAUCACAACAUCAGAUGAGACUGUCGAUGCAUUGUUAAUGUAAAAGCAAUAAUAUACUGAUUAUUGUACUUUUCCUGUAACUACUGAGAACUGAGGGGCUCCUUUUCUAACUGGAAGAAUGUGACAGAUUUUGUGUUGAUAGUUUCCCUAAUGCCCUUAGCUAAUUAGAUUAUGAUAAAUAGGUUUGUCGUUUUGCAAGUUGCGUGUUUUAAAAUUUUACAUCUUUAGAGACUUGUUAUGAACACAUUGUUUCAUUAUACAGUAUCCUCUGUAAAAGGAGUUAUUGUAAGUUUUUUUUUCUCUGCAUCUAAGCCUGCAUGAUUUCCAAACCCUGUACAUCUGAAUUUUGCAUUUUAGCACUUGCACUAUUACUCAGCAGCAGUAACAUGGUAACAUUAAAAUGGUUUUCGGGGACCUCCAAAGACGUCCAGGAGUCCUGGGGUAAGUUACUUGUCAAUGGCAUGGUUUUGAUCCCUUUUUUGCACUUGUUAAAAGACUUACUGGUCAUAGAAGUCUUUCGGUGUUGAGUAGCCUUUUAACAUGUUUAUGGUAUGACAUAGCUGUAGAGAGUUACUUGCCGUAAAUGAGGUUUUAGAAAUAAACUACUUGGCAAAGAUUUGUUUUUGAAAGUCUGGUCAUCAAAAUGCAUUCAUUCCUUAAAAACAAUAAUGAAAAACAACUCUUUGAACCACAGUUGAAUAAAAAGGUUUUUUUGCCACCAACAGUUUAGUGUCUGGAGUCUUACUGGAAAAAAACCAAAGCAUUUCUAUAUCCUGGCAAUGCUAGAAAGUUAAAGUGACUUCUGUGGGAAGAUGCAGUACAGCAUUUUCAUCCUUAAAAAUGUGAGUCUCCAGCUGGGUGUGGUGGCCCAUGCUUUUAAUCUCAGAAUUUAAGGCAGGUGCAAAAGAGUUGUAGGCCAGCUGUUGCUCCAUCUUGAGGCCCUGUCUUGUUGCAAGAGCCGAGCACAAGACUUUAACCCUGAGUCAGCAUUUUAGCAGAAGAGCAGCUUAUUUCAUGACGACUUUACUGUUACAUAAGCGAGUGGCUACCUUGUGCAAUUAGUUCUGUUUGGCUUUCCUGUGCCCAAGUAGUUCACAUUCACCUAAGAAAAGUGGGCUGGGUGUAGUGAAGCACCUGUUAAGGUUUUUGAAGUGGACUGCUAAGUUGCCCUUUUAAAGGGUAAAAUGCUGUUUCAUGUUCUUUUUUAUCUGACAAUUUGGUGAAUAUGCUAGAACAUGCCUAUAAUCCCAAUAUUCAGGAAUGGACUUUGUUUCCCACUCUUUUAUGGUAUUACUGGUUUUAAUAGCCGGUCUAAUGAUGCGACGGUCACACACACCUGCUUUCCAUUUAACUUCCAAAAGAGGAGUUUCUCAGGUAUUCUGGAACCACUCUGUAAGAGCACUUUCUGAGCUCAUAAAGACCAAAUCUACACGCUGGGCAGUGGUGGCGCACGCCUUUAAUCCCAGCACUUGGGAGGCAGAGGCAGGCGGAUUUCUGAGUUCAAGGACAGCCAGGGAAACCCUGUCUUGAAAAAACAAGACCAAAUGGAAGUCAACAGCAAGCCCUUUGUUGGCCAGAAAUGGGAACAGCCAGUAUAAAAUAAGAUUGUAGAGAAUCAAAUACAACUUGACAUAGUGAGUCUGUUGAGGGUUGGCAGAGCACUACUGCACUAAAUACCACAAAUCAAAGCUGACAUCGUUCUUGUACCCGUAAUGAUCUCAAAGCUGGCAUUGGCAAGUGUUCCUGUGCUUGUAAUGAUCUCAUCUGCUUUGAUUUUGGGGUGGGCUGUCAAUUCUUAGAUUUGUUACCACUAAGCUUCCCGGGUACUUGUAGAUAAAGGAACAAUUUACUGAUUGGAGGAUGCAAAUUAGAAAUUACUUAUUAUGUUCUCAAUCCAGGGAAUAUAGUUGAUGACUUUUGUGUAGACCCCAUACUGGUCUGCCUCCCCACAAUUAAUGGAACCCCAGGAAACUAUUCCUCCCACAAACCAUCGCUGUGUUUCAUUAUGUAGAAACACUAACGCUCCUCCACUGUCGCCUCUGCAGCUGUCCUUGCCACCAGUUUCUAAGCCAGCACAGAGCAUGUUAGCAGUUACUCUUGUUCCUGGGUAGAUCUUUUCAUACGCAGCUGUGCAUUUUUGGUGGUCAACAAUUGGUAUGUCCACAAACAUUAAGUUUCUGGCAAGAAACCCCUUCUUGGUUAGCCCCCAGCCAGCCACAGUUCCUGUUCUCAUUAAGGAUGCAGCUUCGCUUCUUGGUAGACAAACAGGCAUGAUGCUUCUGUUGAUUGUGACUUUGUUCUUGAGUUUAAUCAAUGCUAUAUCAUUGUCAAAACCAGCACCGUGAGUGUAGCCUUCAUGUAUAAAGACAGCUUCGGGCCAGGCUUGAGUGUAAAUAGGUGAGAGCCUCUUGAGCAUACCCAUGCGGAUGUCCAGGGAGGACACUGUUUUCCCAUAUACAGCAUGAGCGGCUGUUAGGACCCAAUUGUCAUGUAUAAGUGCACCUGCAGCUGUAGUUUCGCCCAGUAACAAGACUUGCCAAGGAAAGUCACCAGGCUUUGCAGGCUGCCCUCCAACUAUCCGUCCUCCUAUAGUGUGUGUGGACAGCCCACAAACUGAGGGGGAAAAAACAAGUAUUUAGUGUCAGCCAAAACACCCUAUGAAUUGAUAGGCACCCUGCCUGUUGGGGGGGGUGAGGGUAUUCUAAAUAGUUUAUAAAGACCUGAUGAGUCCUUGUUUAGCCUGCUGAGCUCCUGGUAAAGAUCAGUAGAUUGUUUUGCUAAAAGAGAGCUGGAUGAGGAGUCUAUGGAAAGGACCUGUGUGCUGGAGGGCAUUGCACUGCUUCGAGGCCAAGGACAGGCCCCCUCACCACACCCUAUGCUGUUUUACUUUUUUUGAGCUCACUGGGAAUUCUGGGAAAACGGGAACUAUGAUUUACAAAGUUACUGUUGCCUUUAAAUAUAGAAAUCUAAUUACAAUGUUAUGGCAAUAGCCAGAGUGCUUCUGGUUCAAAAAUUGGUAAUUUUGGUCUGGUGGAGUCAUCCAAACUGUUUCAUUGUUCAUUGCAAGCUGAGUGCUCAGGAAUGCAACAUAUGUUCUUUCUUGUGGUUGUUCACUUUGAUUAAAACUUAGAAGCGGCAUGUCAGCCAAAUAAAGGGCAAGAAAACUAAUUUAAACCAGCUAACACGGGGGUAAUGAGUGUAUUAUUACCUUUCAAUUAAAAAAAAGCAUUCUCAACUAUUGUUGGAGCCAAUUCUGGUAAAGAAAUUUAAGUACUAUUAAAAGGCAAAUUGCAUUAAUGUUUAAAAAUCUCGAUGUCGUUGAAAACAAUUGCUUAGGGAAAUAAUGAAGUUAUUAGCUUUGGGGUUUAAUAGCAUUUUUACAGAGAAGAAAAGUAACAAGAGUUCAUGGUUAUGAAUGUAUAAAUGGUUUGAGAUAAUUGAAGAAAUCAUUUAAUUUUUUAUGCUUGCCUAGUUAUAAGGUCAAAAACAAUCAAGUGCAUGAUGCAGUCUGCACCUAGGUUCCAUGUGGAAGGGGUGAUGUGAGCACACCGUUGGGAAGCCCUGAGCUAGCCUAAGCCAGAUGCUGAGCUUCAUUUCUGCCUCCCCAACUAGACCCUGCCUAUUGUCUGCCAGCUACUCUCUCUGUCAGCUAUGAAUCUCUUUUUUAAAUGCGUCCAUUACCGGGCUCACAAACCGGGAGGAAUUUUUCUCCUUUGGAGCUUGUCCAGAAUCCAUCAGCCUCACACACAUAUUUACCUGCAAAUCAUUGGAAAAGCAAAAAUGUUUAGCUGUAGUUGUCAUUUGCUUGAAUAACCCCUUGAAAAAUGUUGAUUCUUGAGCAUCUGUGGUGGGGAGAGGUGUGUGAAUAACCAUUUUACAUGAUUUCAUAAAUAGGUGUCUGCAUUACCAUGUUUGCUUGCAAAGUGGAAACCUUUUAGAUGUGUAACUUGAAUAUGUAUCACGAUCUCAAGUGCUUAAUGAUAAGGUUUUGACUUGUUAAAUUAAACCAUUUCGAAUA